AUGUACCUUCUGUUGCUCUGUGUUCUGCACUGGUCCUUGGAGUCGUUAGGAGGGACUCAGACAGACCCAGGAAACCUCAAAAUGGACUCAUUGGCCUUUGAGGAUGUGGCUGUGAACUUCACCCUGGAGGAGUGGGUUUUACUGGAUUCCUCACAGAGGAAGCUCUACAGAGAUGCGAUGCGGGAAAACUUCCAGAACCUGGUCUCAGUAGAAAGAAAACAGGAAGAUCAUGACAUUGAAGAUCAGUACAAAAACCAGGGGAGAAAAUUAAGAUACACAAAAGAACUCACACAGGAGAGAAAGCCUAUGAGUGUAAGGAAUGUGGGAAAGCCUUCACGUGGGAAACAACUUUUCGAAAACACAUGGUAA